GGGCCGACAGAAAAAGAAAGGGAGAAGUAUUAGGUUUCCCAUUUUGAUUCAGAAGCUCAAUUCGUUGUUUGGAAUCUAGAAAAUAGGGAGAAAGGAGCAGGAAAGAGGAGAUGAUAGGUGGGAAUCUGAGCUGCUGACAGCUGGUUUUUGUUCCUCCUUUCUUCACCCCUCUUUCAUUCCCUCUUUACAACAUCAUCGCUGUGUAUUGGUGAGAAGCCAUAGAGUAAAAUAUCAGGUUUUUAGACCCUUUGAUGUCUUUCAGAAUGAGUGCAGGAUGUGAUCAGAGACACCACCUGACUCUUUUUUUUUUUUUUUCCACUGGCGCCAGCUUCUGAAAUCUGAAAUCUCAAACUUUACUCUCUUCCUGUGACGUCUGGCCCACCGCAUCCGGAUCUGACUUCACAAGAUGCUGACAUACUUGCAGUUAAACCGUUUUCCUGUCGAAUUUUCAGUUCACACUUGCACGCACACGCAUGAUCUUUGUACCUGCACGAUAAAUAAUUACAGACCAUGGUAGGCUACUGUCCAAUUUGUGGAAAGCCUGUCUACUUUGGGGAGAAGAAGAGGUCCUUAGGGAGGGACUACCAUCCUCUAUGCCUGAAGUGCCAGAGGUGCAACAGACAGUUGACAGCUGGCCAGCAUGCUGAGUACGACGAGAAGCCGUACUGCACACACUGCUACAUGAAGAUUUUUGGCCCGAGAUGUACACUUUCAGGCAACAGGUGAAGGAUGUCUCCACAGGAGCAGGAGUGGCGCGUGGUCUUCAUCGCCCAAAACCAGACGGAAGCACAACUAGUAAAUACUGACAUCUAAGACGAGGCAGCUGCAAAGCCACAAAAUGUAGAGGCUUUAAUGAUUAAACAACGACGAGCGUAAUUCUAAUUAUUGUUCUCUUUAGGAAUUGAAUAUCUAUGAAUAAGGGAUGGUUACUUGAGUUUUAUCAUACUGAUUGUAAAUUUUAACGGGUUUUUUUGCCUUACAUUUUUAGAGCUUUGCGACUGUAAUUUUUUUUUUUGUAUCUGCAAUGAUAUUUUUGGUUUUGCAAUCACAAGUCAAUAAUGCUGUGCAAACUAUUCAUAUAUCCACAAACCUCAAUGUAUUUUAUUAGAUUUAAUGUGAGGGACCAACACACAGUAGUAUAUAAUGGUAAAGAUGAAUAGAAAUUACACGCUGUUUUUGUGUAAUUUAUAAAAAUGUAAUAAAAAUGUGGAAAUAAAGUCCUAUAUGCAACACUU